AGUCCAUAUGAUCCAUAUGGGUAGCCGAUGAUGGCCGACAAAGAUGGCCGCCUUGAUCCCGAGAUACUCUCUGCAGGCAGCGAGAAAGCAGACAACAUGCACCACAAUCGUUGCAUUGCAGGCGAAUCAUUAUUCGACAGAGCCACGAGUCAUAAAACAUCCCACUACCGCAUCCUUAAAGAGAGGUACAGGUGGUCGUAGUUCUUUCAAUGGGCUAGUGUGCACAGUGUUUGGUUCAACUGGAUUCGUUGGACGCUAUGUGUGCAAUCGUCUUGGCAAGAUUGGCACACAGCUGAUACUGCCAUACAGAUGUGACAUGUAUAAAUGUUUGCCUUUAAAACUUUGCGGAGAUCUGGGGCAAGUCCUGUUUCAUCCAUUUCAUCUGCGCGAUGAGGAUUCGAUAAGAAAGUGCAUCAAAUAUUCCAAUGUUGUUAUAAAUCUAAUUGGGCGAGAUUGGGAGACUAGAAACUUCACUUACCACGAGGUGCAUGUCGAUGGAGCCAGAAGACUCGCUAGACUGUGCAAAGAAGCUGGUGUGGAACACUUUAUUCAUUUAUCAGCUUUAAACGUGGACAAUAAUGAGUCACUUGUGUUGAAAAAUGGUUCUGAAUUCCUCCAUACAAAAUUGGAAGGUGAGCAUGCAGUGCGAGAAGAGUUUCCCGAGGCUACAAUUAUUCGACCAUCGGAUAUUUGGGGUCAAGAAGACCGAUUUUUACGUGUCUACUCUGGCAUAUGGAGACAUCAUAUGGGGAGUGUACCACUAUGGGAAAAGGGUGAGCAUACAGAAAAACAACCUGUAGCUGUAUACGAUGUCGCUGGAGGUAUUACAGCUAUUGCAAAAGAUCCUAAAAACACUGCUGGCAAGACUUAUCAGUUUGUUGGGCCAAAACGUUAUAAAUUCUCAGAGUUACUUGACUGGUUCCAUCGAAUAAGAAUGCGUAAUCCAGCAGAUUAUAAUUAUAGGAGAAUGAAUUUGAAAUAUGCUCCGUUUUUCCAACUUAAGGUUACUUUGAACGAAUUAAUAACUCCUGCACAUCCUAUAGGAUAUUUACAAUGGGAACGUUUAGAAAGAGAAGCAAUAUCUGAUAAAAUAUCAAAAGAAUUGCCAACUCUAGAAGACCUUGAUAUUGCAUUAACAACAAUGGAAUCACGAAUGCACUGGGAGUUGAAACCAUACCGUAAAGAUCCUCAAUAUAUGGAGAGUGUUGGCGAGUUCGACCCUGUUCCGAAUCCACCAACCGUUUCAGUUCUUUAAACAUCCCAGAAAUGUGCUAGAUUAAAAUACAAAUAGAAAUAUAUACUCUUAUUGUAAAGUAAUAUGUAAAGAGUGUAUGUUGUAAAGGAUAAUUAAAUAACGCGGUUAAUUAAAUAUA